AUGUCCCCAGGGCCGUGUCCCCAGGCCGGGGUGGCCGCGCUGGCCGCGGCCGUGGCCGGCUGGGGGCUCCUGGUGGCCGCGGUGGCCGCGGGGGUGUGGGGGAUGGGCCGGGGCCAGACCAGCGCUGUCACCGCUGUCAUUGUCACCCGCGGGCUCUGGGCCGACUGCGGCACCGACGCCAGCGGGGUCGUGUCCUGCGUGCCACUGCUGUCCCUGGUCACCCUGCCCGGGUACCUGCACGGCAGCCGGGCCUGGCCGCUGUGCCGCCCUGGGCGCUCCUGGGGUCCUUGCAUCCCGAGCCAUGGCGGAGCCCGGACCGGGGGCGCGGCGGCGCUGCUGCUGCUGGCAGGCCUGAGCUCCGCGGGCUCCGCGCUCUGGUUCGGCCGCUCAGGAAUUCUUCGACCCCUCCGUGAUGGGAACCCGCCAAUCAGAGCGAAGGGGGCGGGGCCAGAGCGGCAACGGCGGCGCGGAAGCGAAACGUGCGGGGAACUGGGAGCGACUGGGAACGGUGCCCCCAUGGAUGUGGGGGAGGGGCCCCCCGUGCCCCCCCCGCGGGCGGUGCCGUGGUGGGGGGAGGGGCGGGGGCGGGGCCUGCCGGUGUGGGCGGGGUGGGCGGCGCCCCUGCUGCGGCCCCGGGAGACCCCGCGGCUGCUGCGGGCCCUGCCGCCCCUCCCCCCGCACCUGCCCCGCCUCAAACGGCUCCGGGCGGGGCCCGGGGGGGCGGAGCUUCUGCUGGGGCUGAGCCCCGCCCACGCCCCCAUCGAUUACAUCAUCGCCGACGAUGACGUCACCGAUUACGUCACCGAUUACGUCACGCGCCACCGAGCUGGAAACCAAAUACAACCAGUGACACCAGUGACAGCGGCGCUGGUGGCGCUGGCGUGGCGCUGGCGGCGGGGCCGGGGCGGGCGGGCGGGGCGGCGGGCGCUGGACCCCCGGAGCGGGCGGGUGCUGGCCGUGGACCGGGCAUGGAGGGAUGGGGACAGCAGGGACACGGGGACAGCGCGGUGUCACCGACAGACAGGGGACAUAGGGGACACGGGGACAGCGCGGUGUCACCAAGGGGACAGGGACAGCAAGGACAGCGACAUUGGGACAGGGCAGUGUCACCAAGGGGACAGCAGGGACGGGGACAUUGGGAGGGCACGGUGUCACCGAGGGCGAGGGGACACCAAGGACAAGGACACUGGGGACACGGGCACAGCGCGGUGUCACCGAGGGGACAUUGGGGACAGGGACAAGGGGAGGGCACGGUGUCACCCAGGGCAAAGUGACAGUGGGGACAGGGACAACGAGGACAUGAGGACAGCACGGCGUGGCCACCAAGGGCACAGUGGCAUUGUCACCGGCCAUGGUGGCAUUGUCACCGUCACGGGGAGGGCGCGGCGCCGGGGACACCCCGGGGACGGCGGCGUCGGGGCCAAGGUGGCCAAGGUCGGGGUUGGUGACAUCAUCGCCGCCCGCGGUGACGUCAUCGCCGGCCACAGUGAUGUCACCGUGGACCUGAUGGGUCACGUGACCUCAGGAGUGACCGAGAGCCUCGAUGCCACCCCAGAUGCCACCAAUGGUGUCACCAAUGACAUCACCAUGACCAACAUCCCCAUGGACCCGAUGGGCCGGGUGGCCCCGGGAGUGACCAAGUGUCCCGAUGCCACCUCUGGUGACACCAAUGACGUCACCACGGCCAACAUCCCCAUGGACCUGAAGGGUCACACCAUCCCUGGGGCGGCCGAGUGUCCUGGUGCCACCCCAGGUGCCACAUCUGGUGACACCAACGACGUCACCAAGCCCAGCUCCACCACCCGUGAUGUCCCCAUGGACCUGACGGGUCAGGAGACCCCAGGAGUGACCGAGGACCCCGAUGCCACCUCUGAUGCCACCUCGAGUGACACCAAUGACGCCACCACACCCAACAUCGCCAUGGACCUGAUGGGUCAGGAGACCCCAGGAGUGACCGAGGACCCCGAUGCCACCUCAGAUGCCACCUCAGGUGCCACCAAUGUCACCGCCGCUCCCACUGUCCCCCUGGACCUGCUGUCCCUGGGUGACGUCCCCAUGGACCUGACGGGUUACAUCAUCCCCGGGGCGGCCGAGGGCCCCGACGCCACCUCGGGUGCCGCCGCGCCGGGCGGUGACGGCGACGACGUCACCGGGGGGUACCUGCUGUCCGGCUGCGACGUGUUCGUGACGCGGGAGCCGUGCGCGCUCUGCGCCAUGGCGCUGCUGCACGCCCGCGUGCGCCGCGUCUUCUACGGCCGCCCGAGCGCCCAGGGCGCGCUGGGGACGCGCUACGGGCUGCACGGGCACCCCCGGCUCAACCACCGCUACCGGGUGUGGAUGGUGCCCCAAACUGGGCAAACUGGGAACAAUGGGAGUGAUGGUAAUGAGUGAUUGGGGACAGUGAUGGGACACUGGGGACAGUGAUGUGACACUGGGGACGCGCUACGGGCUGCACGGGCACCCCCGGCUCAACCACCGCUACCGGGUGUGGAUGGUGCCCCAAACUGGGCAAACUGGGAACAAUGGGAGUGAUGGUAAUGAGUGAUUGGGGACAGUGAUGGGACAUUGGGGAUGCGCUACGGGCUGCACAGGCACCCCCGGCUCAACCACCGAUACAGGGUGUGGAUGGUGCCCCAAACUGGGCAAACUGGGAAUGCUGGGAGCACUGGGAACAAUGGGAGUGAUGGUAAUGAGUGAUUGGGGACCGCGAUGUGACAUUGGGGACGCGCUACGGGCUGCACGGGCACCCCUGGCUCAACCACCGCUACCGGGUGUGGCACCUGCCCCUAACUGGGAAUGCUGGGAGCACUGGGAGCAAUGGGAACAAUGGGAGUGAUGGUAAUGAGUGAUUGGGGACACUGGGAAUGGGUGACAGGGGACAUUGGGACAUUGGGGACAGUGAUGUGGC